UUAUUUUCGACCACACCACCCCAACCAAGAGCAAGAAGAGCUCCAGCCACCUCUCACCAUUGUUGAAGGAAGCUCCAACAAGAAGGAAGCUCCAGGGAAGAGUUUAAGUUCUAAAAGUGUACGAAACUCGGGGAAAAACUAGGAACUUGACUUAGAGUAUCUUUGAGCUUCGCCGGAGUUUCGCCGGAGUUGGUCAAAGUUUGCCGGAGUUGGUCAAAGUUAGUCAAAGUUCAACCGGGAAGCGUAGAACGCGCGUAAGCUCACUUAAGGUGAGGAUGACCGACUAUAUUGCUUAUAAUCUUUGGGUUAAUUUCAUGAGAUUCUCUAAAUGAAUAUACAAUGUGAUUUGCAUGGAUUAUUAAUGGUUAAUAAUGCCUAAAUGAAAUUACUAUUGAUUAUAAGUAUAGCUUGCAUAAUAUACAAAUUUAUUGAAUAAAUUGUGUAUGUCUAAAUGUUAUGAAUAUGAUGGCAUGAUAGUAGUAUCAACCAUAAAUCCCAUUUGUGAUAAGUAUACUUUUAUUUCAUGAGAAAAAGCCAUGAAGGAAUAAAGGUGAUAUUUUGAUAUUGAGGCCAAAUUACAUAUUGAAUGAAGAAAUUACAUUGAAAUGAGUAAAUAACUAGUAUUGAAAUAUUAGUUGGAAUUGUAGUUGAAUAAUGGAUGAAUGGAUCCUAGGAAAUUGAAUUGUAAUGAAUCGGUGAUUAUUGAGCUGGGCUCUAGACCGAUGUAGAUAACGGUGAUUAUUGAGCUGGGCUCUAGACCGUAGUAGUUAUCGGUGAUUAUUGAGCUGGGCUCUAGACCGAUGUAGAUAACGGUGAUUAUUGAGCUGGGCUCUAGACCGUAGUAGUUAUCGGUGAUUAUUGAGCUGGGCUCUAGACCGAUGUAGAUGACGGUGAUUAUUGAGCUGGGCUCUAGACCGUAGUAGGUAACGGUGAUUAUUGAGCUGGGCUCUAGACCGUGGUAAGUAAUGACGAAUUGACACUAAACGAAUAAAGUUAACCAUGAUACAAUAAUACCCUAGAUUGAGGGUCUUGGAAAUUGAAACUUUGAUUAUACUUAGUAUAGUUGUCAUUGUACUUGUCAAAUGCUUCCAAGUAUUGACCUCCCCUUCACGGGGGAGGCCACCUCACAGUUUCAGGUAGGACCUGAAGGUUGCUGCCAUCGCCCGCUUGUUUCGGGAAGAUCAAGGAGAGAAGACGUGGUUCGUGCUUCCUCCGUUCCUGUUUUAAAAACAUUUAAAUUAAUGCUCAUGGAUAUUAUAUUUUUGAAUAAUUAUUUGGGGGCUUGUAUGCCCAUGUUUGCCAAGUGUGGCAUGAAUACUUGUAUCAAAUGUUUCCGCUGCUUGAAUGAAUGUUUUACAUUAUGUUUGUUUAUGGAUGUACUAUGUGUGAAUGAUAUCGCAGACGCCUUGUAUAGUAUGGAUGUGUUGGACUGUGGUUGACUAUUCGUACUGUACGGCGGAUUGUUGACGUGUCCGGAUAGGUCCGGGGCGUGACAUUGCUCAUCCUCAUGAGGCUGUUUUAAGGCGUCUUAUCUCUUUGUUUAAUCUUCCAGUUUCUUCCCAUAGUUUCCCAAAUAUUUGUACUUCUUGUCAAUUAGGAAAAAGUCGUCGUUCCCCGCUCCCUACCUCCCAUAUUCCCUCUACAAAACCUUUUGACUUGAUGUAUUCUGAUGUUUGGGGACCGUCUC